AUGGAAAACAGAAAUUUAUUAAUAUAUUUGCUCAAUUUCGUGACAAAUGCUUUAAUAAAUUUCGAUCAUGGAAUAAUUCCUGCAUGCACAACUGAUAUGAAAUUAGAUUUGGGAAUUGACGAUAUUGGAGUACUAAUUUAAAUUAAAAAUCUAAUUUUAGUUAGGUUUAAUGGGUUCAUCAGUUUAUGGAGGACUUGUAAUAGGAUCAUUUAUAGGCACAGGCAUAUUUGACAAAUAUAAAACUAAACAUAUAGUUACAAUCAGUGUAUUAUGUUGCAUACUAAGUUUAUCUCUAUUUAUUCUAACCAAAAAUAUAUUUCUCCUUUUUAUAUCGAGAUUUUUAACAGGAUUCUUUUAAGUACGCAAUAUUAAUUUAUUUGGUGUUCUUAGUUGUUUUUUUCCCAGUAUGGAUAGAUUUAUUUGGUGAAAAUCAUAAGACUAUGUGGCUAACGUAUAUGUAAUUAGGAGUAGCUUUAGGAACUGUAUCAGGAUAUUUAGUGACUUCCUUAUCACUUCAUUUUUCAUAAAAUGUAAUUCAAAUUUUAUCUUUUAGUGGGUUUAUCCAUAUUAUUUGUAAAUAAUAUUACUAAUACCAUGUUUUUUGUUUUAUAGUUUUUGUGAUGAAACAAUGUUAUCUACAAAAGAAUAAGAUAAAAUAGAAAUAAAAAAAGAGAAUUUUAAGACAAUUUUUUUGUAAAAUUUAAAAACAUUUUUGUCUAAUCCUGUUUUUGUGUUUUCAAUGUUAUCAUUAAGUUCAUUAUUUUUUGUUGUAACAGGAGUUUAAUUUUGGAUAACAGAUUAUCUUAGAAAUGUGUUACUGAUGCCUCAUGAAGUUGUUUUUAAAUCAUUCUUAAUAAUAUCAUUAAGUGCUCCUCUUACUGGAGUUUAUUUAGGUGGUUUAAUCUUGCAUAAUUUUGGAGGUUAUGAUGGAUAAAUGGCAAUUAAAAUAGCAGCAUUUGAGGCAUUAUUAGCAAGUAUAUCAGGAGCAUUUAUACCAAUUCUAAAUAAUGGAACAUUUGUAUUACUUUUCUUAUGGUUUUUACUCUUUUUUGGUGGAAGUGCUGUUCCUGCAAUUAUGGGUAUUAUGAUCACUUCAAUCCCAAAAGAAUAAAGAUCAAGUGGAAACUCAUUAAGCCAUUUAUUUUAAGAACUUUUAGGGUAUUUACCUGCUCCUGUUCUUUAUGGUUAUGUUUAAUAAUAAACUGGAGGAUCAACAUCUCGUUGGGGAAUGAUUCUUCUUUCUAUUGUUGGAUUUUUUGGUUUAUUUUAUAUAGUAUUAGCAAUUUUUUGGAAAUAAAAAUAAACAUUAUAAUUGGUAAGUAGUGUAAAUGAAUCAGAAUUAAGAGAUAGAGUUCCUUAACUAAAUUCAAUUGAUAAGAAUGAUAUAAUAAAGAAGUCUGAAUUUGCUUAGAUUCGUAUGUAGACUUCUGUAUAAUCAGGGAAAUCAAUUAUGAUUCCUGUUUAAUAGGAUUAAAUUAAUAAUGAGAUUUAAAAUGAAAAUUAGACUUCUUUGAUACACAGAACUCAUACUUUUAAAACAAGAGAUGCGUAUCAAAGAUAAGCUUCAGUUUCAUAAGCUUUAACUAAUUUUUCUAUCCUUCUUGGUAGAGGUAGUCUUGAUAAUGAUUUAUUUUCUAUUAAAAAUAAUUAGAAAUAAAUGCAAAAUUAAUAAAAAGAAAUUGAAUUAUAGGUGGCUGGUGGAUUCUAUUUAGUAAGUGAAGGAAGAUAUGUAAAAUUUGAAGAACAUUGA